AUGAGCUUUUCUACAACAUGCGAUUUCGAUCACUCUAAAAAUAUCCAUCGUAAAUUUAACACUCUUCAUGUGUCAUCCAGAAAAAAUGUUGAUCCUCUUGUGACUACAAAACCAUUCGAAACACGUAAUCAUGGAUAACAAUUCGAACAACAUUUUGCCCAUUACUUGAAAGGUGACUUGAAUCUCCAGAGACUAAUCCAAACCCUCAAUUACCCCAGACUGAAUGCAGAACAACAACUCUAACCAAAACAUCGAAUGACUCUCAAAAUACGUCAAUAAACCGAACAAAGAAAAAACUACCUAAAGAGUAAAAUUGUCAAAGUUCGUAACCUUAUCAAAGAGAAAGUAGCAAUCAAAAAACCUCACAAUGAAGAAAUAAGACAAGCCAAUGCUCAGACACUCACCAUAGUAUAAACUAUUUUGGACAUCGCCAAUCACAAAGAGAAUUCCAUGGGAUAUCAAGAGAAAUUGAUACCCAAAACCAAAAACUUAAAACAAUAUCGACUCAAUUAUGACAAUGUUGAACCCGUUUGCAAAUUACAAUAAUAAGUCAUUUAAACCAUUCCUCCCAGAUCCUACCUAAAGUCAGUGCUUGAAAACAAUGCAUAACUCUAUCUCCAAGAAUUACAAACCCAAGCCGAAUAACAUGAGAACAAUAUCAACAAGAUUGUACGUCUGAGCAUCCAAACGAAACGGAAUGACUUCACUCUUUUUCACAAGGCAGCCAAAACUGAUCGCAGAAACUAAGAUGGUAUCUUAACUCAUGCUGAUGUUCAAUUGUAUGAUUAUUUAUACAACAAACCCAAAGGAGUCAAGAUUGAAAAGCAUCCCAAAUACAUUCAAAAUGUCAUUGAUUCAGAAGUCGACUUUAGAAAGAACUUUGGCAGAAAGGUACUCACUCAUAGAGUCAAAAGAACUCACUACAAUCAAGAUCCACCUUAAAAUCCAGAUGAUUCUUAUGCUUCUUCGUUGCAAUCGGCUUGCGAAAUCAAGUUGGAUAAUUAUUAUGCUGAAACCAGAGAGUGGAAACGCAAACAAUUUCUACAAUUACCCAGACUAAUUCUCACCUAUUCAUCUAGGAAAGCCAUCUAUACGACAAUUAAUAAAUUAGAAACUUAAUGA